AAGAAAAAGAAGAACAAAAUUGCGCAUGCGCAAACUGAUCGCGUCUAAGUACCAAACGUGUCGUGACUGCAACGAAGCAGCGCAGUCUUAUUAACUUAUACCUUUGUUUGUUUGGUUGUUUGUUUAUUGUUUGACAUCGUAUCGUGAGAGGAUACAUCAGACUCGUCUCAGUGAACGUUUGACUCGAUAGGCAGCUUAGCUAGUUAGCUCAGCAUGCCAGUUAGCUUAGCUUGUUAGCUGCUAACGAAUAGACGCGGACGUUAGCGACACAUCGCUAAGCAGAGAUCAAGUGUGAGUGUAGAAUGUUGGGAUUGUGUGAAAAUGUGAGUAAAAUACAAUUGCCGAGAGUUUGGGGAUCUGUUGACUAACUGCGGCGGGUUAAGGAAUGCUAGAAAGAAUGAUAGCGGAAUACGAGGAGGAAGAUUAUCCAACAAAAGAGGAGAAAGAGCGACAACAUCAACUACUGGACGCUGAUUUCACAGAACAGGUAAAUCUUGGACAGAAGGAAGUGACUGAACAGGAGAGUAAACGACAAAGGCGAGAAUGGAUUGCUGCAGUCAACCGACCUGAUGUGCCGUGCUAUCAACAACUUGGUGUUUGUUCGGAUCAUUUCAUUUCGGAUGUCUGUGAGGAACAUAUUCUCCCUGAGGAGCAGGAGCCGAACUCAAGUAUGGAGCAGGCGGAGCCACAACCCCCUUGUAUAAAAGACGUAGAUGAGCGACAGCCCUGCAAUCUUAAAGAUAAGGAGCCACAGCCUCCACAUUCUAAAGAGGAAAAGGAGGAACCAGAGUCCCCUCACAUUAAAGAGGAAAAGGAGGAGCCAAAGCCCCUUCACUACAAAGAGGAUGACAGGGAGAUACAGCCACCCAAUGUUAAAGAUGAAGCGGAGGAACACAGCGUCAGUCAGGUGGGAGAGCAUUGUGAAAAACCGGAUGAGGUUGAUGUCACCAAGAAGCCAGUGACUGGUGUCCCUGUGAAGAGUGAAGAUGAUGAGGUCAAAGGUGGAAGUGAGGAGAGGGGAGGGGGGGAGCCUCCAAGCAGCAGCUCAACACAACACAUGACAACAGAAGCUGAUGGAGACCACUGUGGAGGAUCACAAGCAGACAAGCUCUUAGCUCCACUAUCAGAUAGUGAGGACACAACCUCACACUCUCCUGACACUGAUGACGAAGACUCUAAAGAUGAUAAGACAUGUCACACUGACAACACUUACUUGAAAUGUUCUCACUGUGACAAAACCUUUAAAUACAGCAGUUAUCUGAAAAGACACAUGAGAAGACACAAUGGAGAAAAACCAUUCAUGUGCUCAGUUUGCAGGACACCAUUCUCGCAAAAGGAAACUUUGGUAAGACACAGAAGAAUGCACACUGGCGAAAAGCCUUUUAUCUGUUCAUUCUGUGGUAAAAGUUUUGUGCAAAGUCAACAUUUGCAAAUACAUACGAGAAUACACACCGGAGAAAAAACUUGUUCAUGUUCAAUCUGUGGUCAAGGUUUCACACGAAGUCAGUGCUUGAAAAGACACAUGAGAGUACACACAGGAGAGAAACCUUUUCCCUGUUCAGUUUGUGGUAAAGGUUUUACACAAAGAAACGGUUUGAAAGUGCACAUGAGAAUACACACUGGUGAAAAACCAUAUUCUUGUUCAACCUGCAACAAAAGCUUUGCUGACGGAUCCAAACUUAUAAAACACACGAGAACACACACUGGUGAAAAAUUACAUUCAUGUUCAAUCUGCAACAGAAGCUUUUGUGACCGACCAAACCUUGUAGCACACAUGAGAACACACACAGGUGAGAAAGUGUUGAGUUGCAGUGUGUGUGGUGAAAGAUUCUCUUAUAAGUACCAGUGUAAGAAACACAAGUGUGCUGGUGAGAACAGCAGCAGCAAUACCAUAAUGAUUCCUAGCCACAGCACCACUGCUGCUCACUGCUCCCCUCACUUCCCAGGGGGUGAUCAUGGGGAUGGGUCAAAUGCAGAGGACAAAUUUCACCACACCUAGUGUGUGUGUGACAAUUAUUGGUACUUUAACUUUAACAAAUGAAACUGCAGGAUUUGAAAUAAACUGUCAAGACUUGAA